GUUUCAGCCGCAGCCUCCGCGGUGGCUUCCCGCGCGCCCUGGUCCUCUCGCCCCCGCGCACCAUGCUGUCCCCCUGCCAGCGGAGCCCGCGGCGCAGCCCGAGCCUCCUGCCUAGCCGCUGCUAACCCACGAGAGCGUGUUCUCGACCGCGGGGUCAGCUGGACGCACAGGGUCGGGGGAGGCGGAACCGUGGUCCCCGGAGCCCCGGCUCCGCCCUCCGACUCUCCAACUGCCACCGGGCGCUGGGCGGCUAUGGGGGCGCUGCUGGCGUUCUGUUUCCUCGUAGGCUUGCUGCGCUGGGGCCCGGCGGGCGCGCAGCAACCUGGGGAGUACUGCCACGGCUGGGUGGACGCGCAGGGCAACUAUCACGAGGGUUUCCAGUGCCCCGAGGACUUCGACACGCAGGACGCCACCAUCUGCUGCGGCUCGUGCGCACUGCGCUACUGCUGCGCAGCAGCCGACGCCAGGUUGGAGCAGGGCGGCUGCACCAACGACCGCGGAGAGCUGGAGCAUCCCGGCAUUACCGCGCAGCCUGUCUACGUCCCCUUCCUGAUCGUCGGCUCCAUCUUCAUUGCCUUCAUCAUCUUGGGCUCUUUAGUGGCUAUCUAUUGUUGUACCUGUUUGAGACCCAAGGAGCCCUCCCAGCAACCAAUCCGCUUCUCACUCCGCAGCUAUCAGACAGAGACCUUGCCCAUGAUCCUCACCUCCACCAGCCUCAGAACACCAUCCAGGCAGUCCAGCACAGCCACCAGCUCCAGCUCCACAGGAGGCUCUGUCCGAAGAUUCUCCUUUGCCAGGGCCGAGCCAGGCUGCCUGGUACCCUCAUCACCCCCACCUUACACCACUGGCCAUGCCAUACACCUAACACAACCAUCUGGUUUCCUGGUGUCACCCCAAUACUUUGCCUACCCUCUCCAGCAGGAGCCCCCACUGCCUGGGAAGAGCUGCCCAGAUUUCAGUCCCAGUUGAUGGGCUCAGACUGUGAAUAUGCUGGAUGGUGAGAUGGUAACCAGGUGGAAUAUUGCUAUCCUGGCCAAGCCACACUCACUUUUGGAGGAAAUCUGCAGUAACCCAUCACGAUCAUGGAAGAAUGAUCCAGAAUGAUACAGCACUUUCUGGUCUUGAGGUUCCU